UACAAGCGUUCCAGCUGCGCUGUAAAAUCUUUCAAGCUGAAUAACAUAUCAAAAUAAAGCCAAAGGCUUGCAGUUUCGAACUACGGUUGGUACACAUAAGGAUGGAAUCUUUGCUGUUGACGUUCUUGGUUGUCAUUAUCGGGUCACUGUGCGCCCGCAUGACGCAUAGUGAAACAUGCUAUGCACUAAAUGAGCGCUGCAGAUCGUCCGUUCCGCGGGUGGAGAAGGGAUCAUUCCCCAUGUCGGAGGCGGACAUCUUGGCAACGCAGCAAAAGGCACAAGAUUUUUGUCGGGCAACCAAUACAACUGCUUUAUGCAUGCAAGAGUUUGAGGAGCGUUGUGCCAGCGAUCCCAUGUUGACGAUCUACCGUGGCGCGGGAGAUUUCUACGAAAGGCACGUAUUUAUGGCGGAAGCCAAAAUGUGCCAGCUGUCCAUCAAUCCCAUCCGCUACGAUCGUGCCCGGACCCAUUGUUACCGGCAGCGCCCCAAUUUCGAGAAGGACUUGUUAGCGCAUCGCAGCACCUAUCUGCGCAUAUCGCCGGACACCGCCGUCGGCAAACGCAAUUUCUGCGAAACCUUACAAGUGACUGCCGAAAGACUGGAUGGAACGGCCAAGGCGGAGUUAACGGCCAAAUGUGGAGCGGAAGCGGUGACUGUUAUGAAGGAGGUCGCGGACAAACUGCACGCUGCCCAGUGCGCCAGUUAAUCAAAAUCGCUUUAAUACUCAGUAUCUCUGCGUGCAGAAUGAGAAAAUUCAGUUGGUUGCAAGAAUAAGCCUGGAAAUUCAAUUUUGCGAAGAAUAACUAUGAAAGUGUGGGAAUAAGAA